AUGAAGUACGCUAGCACCAUCCUUAUUGCAGCUUUCGCUGCCACCAAUGUCUUUGCCCACGGUGUCAUCACCGAGGUCCAGGGCGCCAACGGUGUAAACCUUCCCGGUCUCUCAGUAGCUGAUGGCACCCCUCGGGACUGUGCCACACCGAAGUGCGGCUCAGAGGCUGAUACCUCCAUCAUCCGAGACAGAGAACUUGGAACCUCAAAGGCUUCGGCACUCGGCCGUACCAACGGCGGCGGGCCCGUCGACGCUGCGAAGAUGGUCGCCCUGUUCAUGGACGGUGCCGGCGGCAACACCACCGCUGCCAAGGCCGCUCGUGACCUCCACGCCGAGAACAAGGCCCGAUACGCUGGUCUCGCCAUCCGCGCCACAGGGGGCGGUACCAAGACCCCCAAGGGCACUUCCGAGACUGGUGUGAAGGCCGCCACUGGUGCCGCUUCAGGAGGCAUGCCGACCACGGCUGACGAUGGUACUCUCACCAUGACUUUCCACCAAGUGAACCAGGACGGCGCCGGCCCCCUGACGGCUGCUGUCGAUGCCACAUCCGGCGGCACUGAUAGCUCUGCCUUCAAGACUGCACAGGUGACCCAGGAUGUCCCUGGAAUCGGCAUUGGUGGCCUCUCUGCUGCCACUACUAUGGAUUUCCCUGUCAAGAUUCAGAUGCCCGCUGGCAUGACAUGCCAGGGCUCUGUUGGUGGCGCUCAGAAUGUCUGUAUUGCACGACUACAGAACUCUGCCCUAGCUGGACCCUUUGGUGGUUCCGUCGCCUUUACCCAGAGUCCGGCUGCCAAGAAGCGUGCUAUUGAGUACACCUUGGCCCGCAAGCGAUUCGCUCGUGGCAUUGAGUCCAGCCAAUAG